GGCUUAAAAGCGUCAACUUCAGUGAUUGGAUAAUUGGCAGCAGCUGGUUGCUCAUCCGUCUGCAGACAGUUGGGCUCUGGUAGUUUUAACGUCAUCUAGUUUUGACAGAAGAAACGCAGACCUACCUUUUUAUGAUGGCUUGGUUGAAAUGUUCUCUAAUUUUAUUUGUUGCAUCUUUACUGAUGGUGAGCAGUCAGAACACUGAAGAUUCCAUGGGCUGUGGCAAAGAUGAAAUUUGCAAACUGGAUUCGUUGAAUUUCUUCAGUAACUCCACCAAUGUUACUUUUUUUGCCUAUGGCUUGACUGCCAAUAUUGCUGCUGUGCUACUGUAUGGGAGCACCUUUGUUCCAGUCAAAAAAAUAGAAACAGGAGAUGGUAUGUUCUACAAUUGGGUAAGCUGUGCUUCCAUAUGGGUUGUAGCAAUGCUCGGAGACAUUUUUUUCCAGUCACCCAAAUUCCAUCCUCUUGCGAUGCUCGGAGGUGCCAUCUGGGCCACAGGAAGUGUAACUGUUGUUACCAUAGUUAAAGCGAUCGGCCUUGGUCUUGGAAUUUUAAUUUGGGGAUCUUCCAGUUUGUUGAUGGGCUGGGCCAGCUCAAGGUUUGGGUGGUUCGGGAUUGACCCUCAGGAUGUUUCCAAGCCAGUGCUGAAUUACUGUGGAGCUGCAUUGUGUCUGGUCAGUGGCAUGAUCUUCGUCUUUGUAAAAAGUGAUGUGAAACUACAUCUAGAGCCAGAAACUGUUCCUUUGCUUAUUGAAAGAAGAACCAUUUCAGGCAGUUACAGCAGACCUUCUGCUGCAUACUGGAUAGAUGCUGUUGGACCAAAGCAGAGGAGAAUCAUUGGUUGCCUGCUUGCGGUUGUGUCCGGCUUGCUGUACGGAUGCUCAUUUGUCCCUAUUCUCUACAUAAAGAACCAUUCAAUGUGCCCUGAUAGUGCUUUCUAUGGAGCUAGUGACUACGAUGUUGACUAUGUCCCUGCACAGACCUCGGGAGUCUUCGUUGCAAGUACUGUGUACUUUACCAUCUACUGUGCUGUCAUGAAAAGCAAACCAAGGGUUUACUCAAGAGUCAUCCUCCCAGGAUUUUUGUCCGGAUUGAUGUGGACAGUCGGCACAUACAGCUGGUUUCUGGCCAAUAACUACCUCACCUCGGUCAUUACUUUUCCCAUUGUCACUGCAGGCUAUGGUCUGGUUGCAGCACUUUGGGGAUCCUUGGUGUUCAGAGAGAUUAAGGGCAUUGUAAACUGCUCCAUCUUCUUUCUGGCGUCAUGUGUAGUGUUGGCUGGCUCAUUACUGACUGUUUUUUCAAAGAUUGAAUAAAAAAGUGUCUUGUAUAUGGCCAAGUUGUACUUGACCAAAAGAUGGGAUUGGGAUGUCAGAUUUUUAAAUUAAUAAAAA